CAAGCAACAGACAAACUAACAGAGGCCCUCUGCUCUGUCGAUCACUCUAUAUAGCUCUGCUCACCAGCUUCAGUUCCAUCCCUCUGUUGAUUCUGAUCCAUCCAUCUUUCCAAGUACGUUCUAGUCAACGUGGCAUAUACGUACGUGAGCCAUGAUGUCCGGCAACCGCGCGGUGAGGUCGACGGCGUGCGCGCGGCGGCAGCACCACGGCCGGUGGUCCUCGGACACAGCGGUGUUCUUGGCCAAGGUCAGGUACGGGGGGCGACGUAGCCUGGCGCCGUGCUCCGUGCGCGCCGUGGGUUCCAACACCAUUGGCUGCCUCGAGGCCGAGCAGCCGUGGGGCGGCGUCGCGCUGCCGAGCCUGCAGGUCGCGGCUCCGGCGCCGGGGGACGCGCUCGCCGUGCCGUUCGAGCAGAGGGUGCACGAGGUCGUGCUGAAGCAGGCGGCGCUCGCGGCGGCGGCACCGAGGACGUCGCGGAUGGCCGCGCCGGAGACGAUGGCCGGCGGGCUGAAGGCGGCCUACGAUCAGUGCGGGGAGGUCUGCAAGGAAUACGCCAAGACAUUCUACCUGGCGACGCAGCUGAUGACCCCGGAGAGGAGGAGGGCGAUCUGGGCAAUAUACGUGUGGUGCAGGAGAACAGACGAGCUCGUCGAUGGCCCGAACGCGGCCCACAUCUCGGCCCUGGCGCUGGACCGGUGGGAGUCGCGGCUGGAGGACAUCUUUGCCGGGCGCCCGUACGACAUGCUCGACGCCGCCCUCUCCGACACCGUCGCCAGCUUCCCCGUCGACAUCCAGCCGUUCAGGGACAUGAUCGAGGGGAUGCGCAUGGACCUGACCAAGUCCCGGUACAGGAGCUUCGAUGAGCUCUACCUCUACUGCUACUACGUCGCCGGCACCGUCGGGCUGAUGACGGUGCCGGUGAUGGGCAUCUCGCCGGACUCCAGCGCCAAGACCGAGACCGUCUACAAGGGGGCGCUGGCCCUUGGCCUGGCCAACCAGCUCACCAACAUUCUCAGGGACGUCGGGGAGGAGUACGUCUCAUCGCUUGUGUCAUUUCAGAUGUCUAAUCUUGCAGUCAUCUCUGAUUUCAGUUUUCUUUUCAGAUGUCUAAUCUUGCAGUCAUCUCUGAUGUCAGUUUUCGUAUUUACACGUACGUGUGCUUCACGUGUUGACAGCGCAAGAAGGGGAAGGAUCUAUCUCCCACAAGACGAGCUGGAGAUGGCCGGCCUCUCCGAGGACGACAUCUUCAACAGCCGUGUCACCGACGAGUGGAGAAGUUUCAUGAGAGGUCAGAUCACGAGGGCGAGAUCGUUCUUCAGACAGGCCGAGGAAGGCGCGACCGAGCUCAAUCAGGAGAGCCGAUGGCCAGUGUGGGCUUCUCUGCUUCUGUACCGGCAAAUCCUCGACGAGAUCGAGGCGAACGACUGCAACAACUUCACGAAGAGAGCCUAUGUUCCGAAGGCAAAGAAGCUCAUGGCAUUGCCUAAGGCUUACCUGAGAUCACUGAUGCUCCCCUCUUCUCAGACUCAGAGUCAGAGACACUACUCCAGCCUCACAUAAAGUGGUCACUGCACAUGGUACAUACCAGUGAAUGAUGUACAAAUUCCUGGUCAGGUCACAUGAUCUACAUGUGGUAUUAUUGUUAGAACAUUGUACUCAAAGUUUUGCCAUGUACAAAGCACUGGAUAUAUAUAUGUAUACUAAAAACGAUCUGUAGAGUACAAGUGAAAUAAAAACAGAGAGAAGUGGGAGACCUUCUUGCUUAGGUAGGUGCCGUGGCGGAAUAUAAUAUGCUGUCACUCGUUGCUUCA